AUGUUCAGGGUUGUCAAAUCGUCUAGAUCACUAUAUGGAUUCCCGUUCGCAAGAAUGGUUCCAGCUUUAGCCCAGCGAAGAUUGCACAUGCAAUCUCCAGUGUACAACAAUAUCAAGCCUACAGGUUCACUGUCUCCCUCGACUACUGCUGCUACUACUACUACUACUACUACUACUACUACUACUACUACUACUACUACUACUAUUCCUAAGAAAAAUAACUCGUUGGUGGAAGAUUUCGAAACCACAUUCGCAAAGACUCUGAUCUUCAACGAGCAGUUUGCUGAUAAUGAUGAUUCCAAGCCUUUGAAAGUGGCCAUCAGCCGUAAUGCUUGCAAUCAACUUCAAAAACUCAUGGCCGAAGAUAAGAAUAGCAAUCUUGCGGUACAAGUGACAGUGGAAUCUGGAGGAUGUCAUGGGUUUCAAUAUCAUUUGAAAUUGAUAGACUUAUUCCAAGAUAAAGUAAUCAAAAAGGACCUUAACCAGACGAAACUUGAAAAUUUGACUGUCGAUGAUUUGAACGAUGAUGAAACUUCUAUUUUCAACAGAGAUGGCGCAAAAGUGGUGUUGGACAAUUCCAGUUUAUUGAUCCUUAGAGAGUCAAAAGUUGAUUAUGUGAAAGAGUUGAUUGGUACAUCUUUUAAAGUGAUUGAUAGUCCGUACACCAAGAGUGCAUGUGGUUGUGGAUCAAGUUUCGAUGUUGAUUUUUCCAAGCUUGAAAAGCUGGCUUGA